UUUCAUUUUCCAGAAAGCCACGCUAUUUUUCCAUAGUACAAGUUGAAUGUACAUAAAAUUUAUUAAGCAUUAUGUCCAAAAGAAAAGGUGGUGUGGGCGACAUAAUUUAUGAAUUGGACGACGACGUUGUGAUCAGCAGCGAUGAGGAGGCAACUGAAGCCAAAAUAAGUCGAGUGGACCUAGACGAUAGUAAUUUAACCUCUUGGAGUAGGACUACGAGUGGAGAUACUACUAUAGAUGUUGUAAAUCUUGAUUGUUCCACUGAGGGCGAGUGUAUUCUCGUAUCCCCAACAAAAGACCACAAUGGAGGGAAAACUUCACCUGACAUACAGCAUGUUAAAACUCACACAAAUCACCUGUCAGAAGCACCACACCAGACUGAAAACCACGUAGUUAAUGAUAAAAUUAUAUUUAAUGACGACAUAGUUAUAGAUUCACCCAAUUCCAAUAGUGAUUUAGGGGUGGUGGGAUGUGAGAACAGGAGACCUAUAGUUAGUGUAAAAUUUAGGGAUCAAAGACUGGCCAAGGCAUGUAAGGAAGAGAUCAAGGCUUUUAUGUUGAAGUUAAUAAAGCUACAUGAUGAGGCAAAUUUGACUGGAUCCGAGACUGAGACAGAUUUGGAACUUGACAUUUGGCCGGAAGAUCUGAAUGAGGAAGAAAAGCAGGAAGAGGACAAUCUGUUCUUUGUGGACACAGCCCCUGCUACUGAACUUGAUGAAAUUCCAAGAUAUAGCCACAAUUCAUCACUAAUAACAGAUGCUGAGAAGGAGCCAUCUCCUACACCCGUCUUACGCCGAGGGCCUUCUUGCUUCAACUGUGGUGGCAGUCAUCCACUCAGAGACUGUCCGAUGCCUCGGAACCAAGCAAGAAUCAAUGAGAAUAGAAAAAACAUGGUCAAAAUGGGCCGUUACCAUGUGGAAGAUGAACAGAAAUAUGGUCAUCUGGUUCCUGGUAGAAUUUCAGGCCAGCUUCGACACGCGUUAGACCUCAAGAGGAAUGAAUUACCGCUGUUCAUAUACCGCAUGAGACAGGCGGGCUACCCACCUGCCUGGAUGGAAGAUGCAAAGAUCUCACAUUCAGGAAUCACUAUGUUUGAUUCCAUGGGUAAGGCAAUCCAAGAUCCUGACGAAGAAGAUGGAGAGGUCUGUGAGCCAGGCUCCAAAGACACUUAUGACAUUAAAAAGAUCUUCGACUUCCCUGGUUACAAUGUACCAGCUAGCUCAAGAUAUAAGGAGGAAGCCCAUAAGUACGGAAUGCCGCCCAUAUCACAGUUGGACAGUAAAUUAGAGAUGCUGCAAAAUUUAGCACCAAACGCAAUGAAAGCAUAUAAGCGGAAGAAGUUAAUGUUUUUCCCGUCAGCUGCGUCUAACAACGCGGCAAUGGAAGGUCAAUCUGAAAUGGACUUGGAUAGUGGAGAUGAAUGUGUUGAAUUCCCAUCAGUACCACCAUUACCAGAUGACGUUCCGCCGCUUCCGCCCCCUCCACCCGACUGCCCACCCCCUCCCGACUCACCACCAACAAACACUAUCAAAGAAGAAGACGACAAAAGUGGAAAAACACAUCAUAAAAAGGGAAUAGACGACGAAAUAGAUGUCAUCGAAGUGACGAAAGUAACAGAUAUACCUGUUCCAGAAGGUGACUGGAUUGUUAUAGACGAAGAUAACACAUCUCUUGAUGAUUUAGAAGAUAAGAAACAGAAAUUGCUAGCCGCUUUAAAAAAUGAUGUUAUAGAACAGGAUUCUGAUGAUAAUAUACCAAAUGACACACCUCCAUUAGAAACUACCGUAGCUAAAAAUGACACUCACGAUCUUGGAGAGGCAGAUAUAGGGAAACAAGAUUCGCAAGUCAAUAUUGUUGCUGACAAUAUGAAUGAAUCUGGUAAGGAUACUCAAGAAUCAGAAGCGAAGGGUAGUGACAUCAAUAAAGAAACAAAGAGUGACAAUAAUGUCGCAGCAGAUAAUGACAUUAACGUGGCAACAGAAAGUGACAUCAAUAUGUCAAAAACGACUGAUAGCAAUGUGACAAGUGACAGUGUUAUUAACGUGGAAUUGCAACUAAAGAAACUAGAUACAAUAGCAGACAAAUUAAGACCGGAUUCGGUUGUCAAUUCCCCACAAGCAAGUACAAAGUCUCAGGAUACAGAUAGUGAUUCCGACUUAUCAAAACCUGCUCCAAAAACUGGUCUUGUUAAAGGAACUUCAUAUGGAACUCCAGUUAUGAACAUAGCGUCGUCGUAUAUUAAACUUCCAAGUGAUAACAACUUUGCUAAAGAUAUUUGUGAUGUCAUCAACUUUGAGAAUCUUCCGAAUUCAACAGGCAAGUACAAACAGAUUAGUGACCUAUUAAAAAAGGUUAAAAACGAAGUAGAUAGAAUACAAGAUACAUGAUCUAGUAUUGUCGUUUCGUUAGUGAAACGAUAAAUGUAUUUAUAAACAUUUUCGAUGCAAGCAUUUAAUUUUAUAAUAUGACAAGGUAUUUUAUGAACAUGUGGUUGAAACUAAGUGUGCCUACAGAAGCCUUCCAGGGUAAUGCCUAAUUUAUCAGCAUGGUUAAAAGAGUUACACACCGCGACUUUUAGCAGCGCUUCUGCAGCGAUUUUGUCGCAGUCGAAGUCGAAUGCAGUAGUGAUGUAGUCGUUAAUCGUCUACGCAUAAGGGCAACUUGAGCAGCUUUACAAUCGCAAUGCAAACGUGAUGCGUUUUUGAUGAUUCAACAUAUGCGACUGCAUUGCAGUAGCGUGUAGCCGUUCUAAGGCAUAGAAUAUGUUAUGGUACAUGUACAGAAGGUUUCUAGAAUGCCUUACAAGACUUACAAAAUAUAAUUUCAUUCAGUGAAAGUCAAAUUGAAUACUAUCUGAAUCGGUGAAAAGUGAAGGUUUCAACUCAUUUCGAAUUGGUGUGGACUAUUUUAUUCUACUCAUAUUCACAUAAUAAUGCUAAGUAUUUUUGGUGUUUAUUCAUUUGGCUCUUCAAGUACCAAAACAACAUAGAAUUAUAUAUUAAUAAAAGAACAAAGUUAGUUAACGAUAAACAUAUUUUAUUAUAUUUGGAAAGUUAUUACAUAUUUAAAGUAAGUAUAAUUAAUAAUACUUACAAGUAUUAUAUGACUUUAGAAUUAUUCAGUAUAACAGUAAUUGGCAUUUUUUACCGUGAAGGCAACAAUUUCAAUUUGAAAAAGUGAGUUAUUGAGCUCGCGGCUGCCCCUCUACACCAGUAUAAAUACUCUUAUAAGUCCUAAUAAAUAGAUCGGAUACUAAGUAAGUGGUUAUGACCCUUUAUCGACCAAUAAGGGAAAGAUAGAUGUGUCUUACCAACCAAUUGUACGUCGUUAUUACGACACCACGGAAAAUAACGAAGUUUUGUUGGUUGAUAUAUAUUUCUUAUCUAAAGAGUGAGUACCUACAACACGUGAACGUUUUGAUGACGUGUGCAAUUUUACUUCUUUAAGCUUUCUUAGGACACACAGAAAGGGAAG